CACCUGUCCAAAACAGCGCAUUGCGCGGGCGAGGCUUGGCCGAGGCUACACACCCAGCCACCUCCACCCGCCAACGAGGCCACCCUGCCGUGAUAAAUUGAGCUGCGCCGCCACUUUUCACGAAGCCGGCCCUCGUGCGCCAGUCGUCAGAGCAGGCUCUUUUGUUCACCGGCGCACAACCGCGUAGCGCAGCGGCCCGCCGACGCCGCCGACGCCUCGUAGCAGUCGGUCAGCCCCCCGGACGCCGCCGACGCCUCGUAGCAGUCGGUCAAGACCCGGCGAGACUAACACAUCCUCGCGGACCACGCGGAGGAGUCACUCGCCCUCAAAAGAACGCCGCACGGCACGCCGCCCACGAAGAACGCAAAAAGAACCAUGGGCCGCCACCGCCCGAAAGAACCAUCGCUCACGAAGCUGCAGCUCAUGCUCGCCUUCAGCCUCGUCUCGACCGCCCCGUGGACGACGCUCUGGUCCGCGCCGCAACUCCCCACCAUCAUCGUGGACCCGAGCGCCUCGAUCCUCCGGAAGGGCACGCAGCAUUUGGAGCAGGCCAUCUACGUGUCCAACAGCUCGCUGAGCGUCAUAGAGGUCGCAGAAACGCUCGACACGCUCAUGCCCGUCAUUACCGUACUGGCCUCCUUCAUCACGACGCCCCUACAAAGGGAUAGUGUUAACCUCAGAAGAGCAGCAGAAGUGACGCUCGAGACCUCGAGGCAGAGCCACGUCGACCUCGACGACCUCGUGAGCCACGAGGAGGACCUGGCGUAUCGAGGCCACCGGCCCGUCGCCGCUUCUGCGUAUUGGUCCUUGCUGUUCCUGGACUUCUUCGAGCACAUCCUCGAAGGCGUUAUAAAGAAGAGCUCCAUCACAUUGGACCCCUCACCAAACAAAGAGAAGGAGGCGAACGCGGCCAUCAGACAAGCGGGCAGGGACGCCUACGACAAGACCUAUGCACACCACCACAAUCGAGUUGUCAGAGCUAUUGCGAGAAAGGUCUUCGAUUUCCUGCCUCCUAGGGAGGUCUUCUACCGCGCGUUGGGCGACGCGGGCGCCGAUAGACACAGGUGGGGCAAGCACCUGCGCCGCGACUUCGAAAGCUUCCUGAAGGCGUCGCGGCCCUUCGUGAAGCGCAUGCGCGGCCACUUCGCCGAGGCGCCGGCGCCGACGUUCUAGACCGA